GAGUCGUAUCGGUCAGUACCACACCCAAACCACCAUAGGAUAUCAUACAUAUCCCGCGCGUAGAACCCAUGAGCUUCCAGACUACCGGUAUGGUACCAAGACUCGUACGAAUGAAGGCGUCAGAAAAAUCAUUUCCCCGGCCAGGUUCUACCUGCUGUGGCGGUGCUUGCUAUAUGUGGUGAUCAUCAUCGUCGACGACGAGAGGUUGUCCGCAGUAGUGACCUGUUCCGGCAGGGCUUGUACUAUACCGCAUCAUAUCGUGGGGUUCAUACGUUCCUUAACUUGUGAUACCGAUCGUGAAGAAGUUGGGACGUGGUGAACUGGCUCGAUUGGGGGAAAGUGUGAGAUUUGGGCGAUGUGGGGUUGCGGGUGCAUUUAUAACUCGAUGGAUUGGUGGUUGGGUGAGGCGAGUGAUUUUGUGUGAGUACUUGCUGCGGGGGGAGAGUUUUUUUUUUCUAGUGGAGGAAUCAGCGUUGCAGUGGGUGUGUUGGCUGGUAUUCGGUUACUGCCGUUGUGGUGUGAUAUAUGAUAGUACAGUAGGAAUUCACAAGUGAUGCAGAUAGAUGAUAUGAGGGGAAAGAAAUUUACAGAUUUUGAUAGGUUAUGAUACCGUAUCGGUUCGGCCACUAUGCACUUGGGUAGUCUAAAUGUUAUGAACAUAGAAUACAAAACUGCAUCAUUAAUCGAAUGAACAAAACUCCGUCCCUAUGCAAACAACAACAUUUCAAUCCUAUAUUAUGAUACGGUGAUCGCAAUCACGCCCCAACCUGAGCCUUAACCUUCUCCAGCAACAAUGCACUCUGCCUCCCAAGCUUCUGUUGCCCCUUUGCCGUGCGAGCACUCAUAACCUUCUUCCUGAGCGCCCUCUCCUUCUUCGACUUCUCCAUUGCAGCCUUCCUGGCCUCGAUCCGUCUCUCCUCCUCCUUCCGUUCCUCCCUUAGUCUGGCUGCCUCCCGCUCCUCCUUCAGAAACGCGGAAGUCUUCUUCCUUCUCUCCCGUUUUUUCCAAGCACCUUUACCCACGUUUUUAGGGUCCUCCACACGUGCCGCCUCUGGUUGGUCCAGCGCUGCUCGUCGCUCGGGGUGCAUUUCUGUAGUCGCUGUAAUAGCAUUCCCAUCCUCGCCAUCUUUGAUCCCUGCGGAUUUGGCUCGCUCCCGCUCAGCUGCGGCCUCUUCUAGUAGCCUUUUCGCACGGAUGGCGUGAGGAUCUGUGUCUGGCGCGUCUCCCGGUAUUAUUUUCGCGAAUGAUUUCUUGACCUUUGCUUUGUGGAUGAGGGAUUUUUUUAUUUUGUCGGCUAUUUUGUGUGUUAGUUUAGCUUCCCCGGAAUUGGAGGACGGGAGAGAGGAGGGACACCUUUUCGCUUAUAUGUCCCAUCGGGCAGGUUUGCAGGGCCGACGCUGAAGGCUUUCUUGCGUGGUUUGGCUGAUAGUGGUGGUUUCCCCAUGUUUGCUUGCUUCCGUUUUUGAAGGGAUGGGAUGGUGAACUUUGAGAAACCUUCUUUUGUGGGGGGCGCUUCUGGCUUAACACGAGGCUGAAGUGGGAUGAUCAUAAAUCUUGGCGAUGGGUGUCUUGGCGAUAGUUAAACUUUAAGUUAAAAAUUUCUUUUCCACUCAACGGGGAAUUGAACUACUAGGACGCUUGCUUCCUUUUCCUCCGUAGGAUAUCACCUCGACCAUAAUAUUGCUCGAGAUAUGGUUAAAUCAUAUUUGUACCUUCUUCUUCUAUUUCCCCAACCGUCCCUAGCGAAUUCCCCGCUAAUUGAACGCUGAAACAGACGAUUCGAGCACUCCUCAACCUUCGGCGUUGUAGUUACAGGAACAGCAAACACCGUCUGGGCCGCCGAAGCAACGGCCCUCGCACAAACAAAGACCACCAGCGCCGGCCGAGCGAUCGCCCCCGCGAACGAGGAAGUGCUGGUAUGGGAUAUCAAGAAAGGCGAAUUCCUCUCGCGCUGGCGGGACGGAAAAUGCAAAGCGGUGGUCUCGGCCAUUGCCCAGUCCCGGACGGAUAAGGAUGUCUUCGCAGUCGGCUAUGCCGAUGGGUCGAUCCGGUUGUGGGAUUCGAAGACUUCUACGGUGGUUAUCUCGUUCAAUGGGCAUCGGUCGGCGGUUUCUGCCUUGGCGUUUGAUCACUCGGGGACCAGGCUUGCGAGCGGGUCGAAGGAUGCGCAUGUGAUUGUCUGGGAUCUGGUUUCUGAGGUGGGGCUGUACAGGCUUAAAGGUCAUAAAGAUCAGGUCGCGGAGGUUGGGUUUUUGAAAGGUCCUGAGGAAGUGGAGGGGGGGAAUGCGGAGGGCUGGCUCGUUAGUGCUGGGAAGGAUACGCUAAUCAAGCUGUGGGACCUCUCGACGCAGCAUUGUGUCGAGACACAUGUUGCUCACCAUGGGGAGUGCUGGGCUAUGGCGUUAUCACCGGAUGAGAGGGGUUGUAUCACCGCUGGGAAUGGCGGGGAGUUGAAGGUUUGGGCUAUCGAUACUGCGGGAUUGGCAUCGAGGGUUAGGGGAAGGUCGGAUUGCUUGAUUGACCGGGGGACCCUAUACCGGCAGAACAAGGAUAAGGCCAUAUCUGUCACUUUCCAUCCAAAUUCGAACUUUGUUGCAAGUCAUGGUGCGGAUAAGAGCGUUGAAAUUUGGCGGAUACGGACAGAGGAUGAAGUUAAAAAGGCGUUGAAGAGGAGGCGGAAGCGGAAGGAAGGGAAGGAAAGCAAGAGGGAUAAAACGGAGAAGACGGGGGGAGAGGGUGAUAAUAUUGCGCAUGCUGAAGUUGCAGAUAUCUUCGUUUCGUAUGUCGCUGUGCGGACAGGUGGGAAAGUCAGGUCAGUUGAUUGGACCACCCGGGGUGGUAAGAAUGCUGUACAGAUCCUAGUGGCCUGCACAAACAAUACACUAGAGUACUACGAUAUACGAAAACCUGCAAAAAAAGAGGGAAGAAAAGAGCAGGAAGUCCCGGAAUAUAACAAACUAUACGCCGUUGAGCUUCCGGGACACAGGACGGAUAUUCGUGCACUGUCUUUGAGUUCCGAUGAUCGGAUGCUUGCCUCCGCCUCAAGCAGCGCUCUAAAGAUCUGGAAUGUGAGGACUUCGGCUUGUAUAAGGACUUUUGAGUGUGGCUAUGCCCUGUCCUGCUCGUUUCUCCCUGGAGACAAAAUUGUGGGUUAGGUCUAUAUAGGCUAGGGAUUGAAGGCAUUGCUAAUGAGGAUGAUAGGUUGUUGUGGGCACAAAAACUGGAGAGAUAGAGCUCUUCGAUGUAGCUUCAUCAGCAAUGAUUGAGAGUGUCAAGGCACAUGAAGCUUCUAUUUGGUCACUACAGGUCCACCCAGAUGGCAAGAGUAUUGUUACCGGAAGUGCAGAUAAGAAUGCCAAAUUCUGGGACUUUCGGAUUAUGCAGGAGAAUGUUCCCGGGACCAAGGUAUGUUUGGACUACCGCCAUAAUAUUCAUGGGUUAUCGCUAACACAUAUCAACCAUGAAGCGAACAACGCCUCGGCUGAAGCUGGUUCAGACCCGAGUUCUCAAGUUGUCAGACGACAUUCUAAGUGCCCGUUACAGUCCUAACGGGAAAAUCCUUGCCCUAGCCCUCCUCGAUAAUACCGUCAAAGUCUUCUUCGCUGAUACUCUUAAACACCUCCUUAAUCUAUACGGGCACAAGCUCCCAGUAUUAAACAUGGACAUAUCCUCGGACUCCAAACUUAUCGCAACGUGCUCAGCAGACAAAAACGUCAAGAUAUGGGGCCUAGAUUUCGGCGACUGCCACAAGAGUUUCUUUGCCCACCAGGACAGUGUAAUGCAGGUAGUCUUCGAAAGAAACUCGCACAACUUCUUCUCAGCUGGUAAAGACCGUCUAAUAAAGUACUGGGAUGGUGACAAAUUUGAAAACAUCAUUAAGAUGGACGGCCACUUUGGCGAAAUCUGGGCAUUGGCCAUAGGAAAGGUAAGUGAGAUUGUCGUGAGCGCAAGUCACGAUAAGAGUAUACGAGUAUGGGAACAGACAGAUGAUGAGGUACUACCCCCGUUCCUAAUACAGCAUUCUUCAUGAUAUACUAACAAGAAUUAGAUCUUCCUGGAGGAGGAGCGCGAAAAAGAACUCGAAGAGCUCUACGAAUCAACCCUAACAACCUCCCUCGGCCAAGACGAGACGCAGGACGAGAACGGCCCCGAGGUUACCUCUGCCGGGAAACAAACCAUCGAAACACUCAUGGCCGGAGAAAGGAUUAUGGAAGCCCUGGAUCUCGGAAUGGCUGACAUGACCAUGAUGAAAGAAUACGCAGCCGCCAAAAUCGAGAAACCAAAGCUUGCCCUACCGCCUCGAAACCCAUUGUACAUUGCCCUGGGUGGAAUAAGCGCAGAAACACAUCUUCUGAAUACAAUCCAGAAAAUCAAAGCAAGCCAUUUACAAGACGCACUAUUAGUCCUCCCUUUUGACAAAGUCGCUCCCUUCUUGAUAUUUUUAGACAUCUUUGCCUCAAGGGUACCCCCCUCCCUCCUCCCAACCCCACAAUCUUCUCCAAUCACAAAAGCUAACAUGCGCAAAACAGGAAUGGAACAUCCCACUAACCUGCCGCAUCCUCUUCUUCCUCCUAAAAACGCACCACAAGCAGAUCGUCGCGACAAAGACCAUGCGCGUGCUCCUCAGCAGCAUCCGCAAGAACCUGAGAACCGCGCUCAAGAGCCAGAAGGACCAGAUGGGGUUCAAUCUUGCUGCGGUCAGGUUCGUCAAGAAUAGUGUUGAGGCGGCGGGGAAGAGUGAUUUUGUGGAUGAGGAGGCUCUCAGGGAGAUGGAGGAGAAGGGAAGGAAGAAGAGGGCUUUUGCCACUUUAGCUUAGAAGGAAGGGGGCAUAUGUAAAAUAGAUUAUAGUAAUAUAUGAAUGAUGGAGGGUCAUAAAAGAAAAGCUCCGUUUUGGGUCUAUUUUAAAUUGUUAUGGUGUGAGUGAUGUUGGUGAGUCGCGGUGGCGAGAGCAGCUAAUACCAUAUCGCCGCGAUGCUUGGGUAGCAGGCUUCAGAUAAAUAGACCAUCGCAUCAUACAAUCGAUUACGCAUGGUAGCUUGUACUUGUACAGCACUACCGGUAGUAUAC